CGCCCUGGAGCAGCCAUGGCAGGAGUGGCCGGAAGGCUGGCGCGGCUGUGGUGCUCGGGCGCUCUCAGCAGCCUGCCUGUUUGCAGUCCUCUGCAGGUCACCCGUUUCCCAGCACUUCAGCUGCACUUGUGUGGCCCAGCAAUGAGAGCCAGCCAGAAGGACUUUGAAAAUGCCCUGAAUCAAGUGAAACUCUUGAAGAAGGAUCCAGGAAAUGAAGUGAAGCUAAAACUCUAUGCACUGUAUAAGCAGGCCACUGAAGGACCUUGUAAUGUGCCCAAACCCGGUGUGCUUGACUUUAUCAAUAAGGCCAAGUGGGAUGCUUGGAGUGCUCUUGGCAGUCUGCCCAAGGAAACCGCCAGGCGUAACUACGUGGACUUGGUGUCCAGUUUGAGUGCUUCGUCUGAGCCCUCCAUCCAGGUGACACCUGCAGCAGACAGGAAGCAACCAGGAAGUGACGCCGUGGUGGUGACCUCCCAAGAUGGCAUCACAACCAUCACAUUGAACCGGCCCGACAAGAAAAAUGCACUCACCACUCAGAUGUAUCACGACAUCAUACUUGCACUUGAGGCUGCAAGCAAGGAUGAUUCAGCCAUAACUGUUUUAACAGGCAAUGGGGACUAUUACUGUAGUGGGAAUGAUCUGACCAACUUCACGGAUAUUCCCCCUGGUGGAGUGGAGGAGAAAGCCAGAAGCGGGGCCGUUUUACUGAGGGAUUUUGUCGACUGUUUUAUAGAUUUUCCGAAGCCUCUCGUUGCAGUGGUAAAUGGACCAGCUGUAGGAAUCUCCGUCACCAUUCUCGGGCUAUUUGAUAUCGUGUAUGCGACCGACAGGGCAACAUUUCAUACUCCAUUCAGUCACCUAGGCCAGAGUCCAGAAGGAUGCUCCUCUUACACUUUUCCGAAGAUAAUGGGCCCAAGCAAGGCAACAGAGAUGCUCGUUUUUGGGAAGAAGUUAACAGCCCGGGAAGCAUGUACCCAAGGACUUGUUACUGAAGUUUUUCCCGACAGCACUUUUCAGAAAGAAGUUUGGGUCAGGCUGAAAGCAUAUUCAAAGCUCCCCCCAAAUGCCAUGAGAAUUUCAAAACAGGUCAUCAGAAAUACGGAGAAAGAAAAGUUGCAUGCGAUUAAUGCUGAAGAAAGCAACGUCCUGCGGGAGAGGUGGCUGUCAGAUGAGUGCAUGAACGCCGUCGUGAGCUUCCUGUCCAAAAAAGCAAAGCUGUGAUGGCCAUCACAUCAAAGCUAAGCGUUUCCAAGGAAGGGAUGUGCUACUAUUUCUGCUUUCCAAAUCCUGAACUAAGUAAACCUCGCUGUGCCUUUUUUCAGUGCUAAAAUACCAGUUCUGAUAAUUAUACUUCACUAGAGCCCUGAUGAAAAACAAAUGAUGUGAAACCAGCUUUGAGAAUUUAUGUAGGUUUUUGGUAGUGGGGAGUCUUACGUCUUUCGCUAUGAAUCGCUGUUGCCAGGCACACUGAAACAUUGUGCCCGGCGUCCUGCUCUGAAAGGCAUUCACAGUGCUGCAGGCUGAGACCGUGUGUUCGAAAACCACUACUGCACUUUGCCGUCCACACAGGCUCACUGACUUGAUCGGCCCAAACACCGACAGUCUCUGGAUGACCGAGUCAAGAUCUUCAGUGGGUCGCAUGUUCUUUUUCAGCCGUCUGGCAGGGGGAGCAAACAGAGGGAGCAGUAUUACUAGAGGAUGAAUUAGAAUCUUAGUUUCAUCCCCCCCAUAAUUUGAUAAAAAGGGAUGAAGGGCUUGGACCGUUUCAUUGGAAGUGAUGCUCUGUAUCAGUGAUGAUCUCCUCGUCUGUCUUGGAGUCUCCAUUCUCGUUCAAUGUGGUACUUUAUAAAAAGCACCCCUGAAAGCUGC